CUCUUGCUCCAGUGCCACAAUGCUGGAUGGGGAUACUUCUAGUGGGCAUUUUAAGGCGCGCGUGAUAAUUCAGGAUGGGGAUACUUCUAGUGGGCAUUUUAGGGCGCUCGGUAAUCAUACGAAAGUUCUAAUGCAUUUCCACAGGAGGUGAUUUCUCUCGUCUCAUAUCAAGGAGAUCCACGGGAGUUGGACACAUAUCAAGGACAUCCACGGGAGUUGGAGUACUACUUUAACACAUAUCUUGCUUCUCUUUCACAUAUCUUCUCUCUCGGCACAUGCUAGGAUCAUCUUGAGGACAUCACAACAUGAACUCAAGGAAUGAAGUAUCCGGAGGUCGUUCUCUAAUCGUAGGAGUUUCUACUCCGUCAUUAUUGCAGAGCUAUCGCGUGGAUUUUUCCUCCUCCGUACGCGAAGGCUGAGCGGGGGUUCAGGACACCUGGGACAACUGGUGUCAGUCUAAGCAGGAGAGAGGAGCAGGAGAACUUCAACCUUUGCAUGAACUCUUGCCGUUGUGCAGCAAGUAACAACUUUCUUCACGUGAAGAAAGAACGUCUUAGAAGGAGUUAUUGUCACUAGUUAUUGUUAUCGGAGAACAAGUUAUUGUCCAGUUAUUGUUAUUCAGAUUCAACAAAACAAUUUCACUGAAUUUAUUAGUUUGCUAUUGCGAUUCAACCUGUGAGCUCAUCAUCGAGCACGACUGCGAAAAAUAUCCAUUGAUUUAUUGUUGGGAAGCCAGCUUCUCAGUAGCUAGUGGAAAAAAAUAUGUUACGACCAGUGCAUCUGAAAGUCAUUGUCGCACAACAUGACCAUGAUGUGCAUAGAACUCAAGACGACUGUCAUUCUUCUACUAAGACUUCAGACAGGAGCGACACUGUCUACUAAGCCAAGAAUUACUAUGUUAGACAAGAUCUUCAUGUGUUGAUCAUAUUUAUAUAUAAUAUCAACAUCUUCUUACCCUGUCAUGGAGGUGGAGCACCAUGCUGCUCCAAUCACAUCUGUACUAUAGGAUUGAGUUUUGGAAGUCUUGAAUGUAGAGAUUCAACAGAGGUGUCUGUUGUAAGCCGUGAGGAGAACACCGAGUCAGGAUGCAAGUCAGAAGUAUUAUGUGCUUGUAUACUGAAGAAAAGAAAAAGGAAUUUCUGCGACAGACCUAUUCUUCGAUCAUGAGAAGUUACUGGCGUUC